AUGUCCAUGAUCAUUUCAGAGCCUUGCGCCUGGGACGGGCAUCACGCGCUGCAUGAAACCGAUCUCCAGAUCCAUGAGACCGCCAGUGGGAUGGUGUCUUGCUUCCGAGAAUUGUUCAACGCAAUUCUAAACGGUGUUGGGGCAUCUUUUCUUGCCAUAGACGUCCUCAAUAACCCCCAAUUGGCUGGCGUGGAGAUCUCAACACUCAUCACUACCUUUUUCCACAUUCAAAAAGCGGUCGAAGAAGCCUCUGACUAUUAUCGUUCUACGCACGACCACUCGGCACUCAUCGGCCCCAUGUUACUACUCGCACGAUCUGCCAUCGUGCAGAAGACCAUAGCGAUAGCCGUGCGCUGCGCAGUCCUCAAGCUAGGGCCGAGCGAGGUGUUGAAACUAUAUCCCUGGGAAUGGAAUCCUGUCACAGAAGAACAGUCAGAGCGUGGUAAAUUACUCAUGCAGCUACUGCAAGAGAAGUCGCUGCCCAAGUGUCUCAAUCCAGAGUUUGAUGCGUGUUGGCCACUAGAAUAG